UAAAGGUAUCAUAUAUUCAAUGAUGGUUUCCAGUCUAGGUUCUACGUGAUAUGUAGGUAUUAUUUCAAUCUAAGAAUAUGGGCAUCUGGAGCAAGCGCACUCGCUGGCAGUUGAUUUCCACGUUGGCCUGUGGUGUGCCUUAUGUCGUUGACUCAUGGAAUAUCCCUGGGAUGGUUCUCACCUACUCUACCCCUCCUAAGGUCCAAAAAUAGCCCGGUUGGUCCAAUUGACGUUACCGAGGUGAUGUGGAUCGGCUCUAUGUUUGGUUUUGGCUCCCUGAUUUGUAAUAUGUUUAUUUGCUUCCCGAUCUCAUUUUUUGGACUUAAGAAGUGCAUGUACUUCGUGCCCAUACCAAAUAUGAUUAACUGGAUUUUAAUCUACUUCGCAAGCAAAUCAGCAUUUCUGCAUGUGGCUCGUGUCCUGUUGGGAAUUUCUGGUGGCACUAUGAUGGUUUGCUUUCCCAUAUUUAUCGCUGAAGUAUCUGAUAAUAACGUCCGAGGAACUUUAGGAUCUUUUUUCAUGCUGACUCUCUGUGGCGGACUUACUUUAGGUUUUGUAAUGGUUUAUUACAUAUCCUACCAUAUGCUACCAUGCGUCGUCAUUCUGCUGCCCAUAACGUUUUUCUGUCUGCUCAUUCCUUUUCCGGAGCCGCCACAAGAUUUGCUGAAACGGGGUCGUAGUGAAAUGGCCGAGAAGUCCUUUUACUUCUAUAAGAAUUUGUCAAAGGAUCCGACCAAACAAGACGAAAACAAGGAGGCGUUCAUAAUUUUUCGGGAUAAAGUCCUAGGCGGCGGCAUUCAAGAAAAGGUUACAAUUUCGGAUUUCUGUAACAAGGACUCGGGAAAGGCCUUUUCCCUCAUCGCUGUGCUGCUGGUGUGCAAUCAGAUGUCGGGAUCCUUUGCCAUCUUCAACUACGCGUCGGCCAUCUUCGCUCAGCUCGGCAGCAGCAUGGAACCGAAUAUGUGUGGCAUUUUCAUGGGUGUUGUGCAGCUCUCUGGCCUAGCCAGCGCAGUUAUCCUGGUGGAUCGAGUGGGUCGCCGAUGGCUGUUGAUCCCAUCGCUGGCCGGGAUGGGUCUGGCCGAGUUCGGCGUGGGGCUUCUAAGGUCCCUAGCCUCGCAGGAAUAUUUGAACCGCCAUUUCUGGGUUGCGCUGACCCUAAUGUGCAUCGUGGCUUACACGUCUUCGGUGGGACUUGUGGCUCUGACGUUUGUCAUUAUCGUCGAACUUCUCCCAUUUAAGAUCCGCGCUCCUGGUGUCUCCCUGAGCAUGUGCGGGCUCAGUUGCGCAGUGUUCAUGGCCCUCAUGAUUUAUCCCGUGACGAUCAGCAUAUCACCAUGUUCAUGUCGGCAGGUUUCGCCCUUGUGGGCUUAAUAGUGCUGGGCAUAUUUUUGCCCGAGACGAGAGGAAAGAGUCUGACUCAUUAAUGGGUUACUGAAAGCCGUGCACAUCGAUUUUACUUUGUGCAGAUACGUGACAAACUACUGCGUUUGGCGAAAUCGGUCCUUAGUGACAGGCUGUUGUGAUAACGUUAAAUUACUUUAACCUAGUAAUAAUAAAUGGAAACAACCGAAUUGCUGCUAGAUAAAAAAUUGAAUGGUGUGUGGAUUUCAAGGCCUCUUGAAAUCAGCUUCCAACUUAAUUGAUGCCAUAAUCAUUAUCCCCCUGUUACGAUUUUCCGUUGAUAAGAAAACAUAUAAAAGUAGGAUAACUGUUUUCCUCUCUUAUCUUCGGCCUCUGGUUAAAAAAUCAUAUUUCCAUAUUCCAUCAUAAUUUUGGAAUCUAACAUUCUUUAAAAAAGUGAAAAUUUAAAAACAAUCAUAAAGUGUAAAUGCGGAUUAGCUUAAUAAAAUACAAUUACUGUUUACAACAAUA